UGAAAUUUAAAUCCAGGAUAUUAUAAGAAGAUGACAAAUCAGCCCAUCCAUUCAACCUCAGUAGUGGUCCUCUUCCAUCAAUGCAAUGAUAACCCCAUUCUUAUCCUGCACUCAUUUUCUUCUCUUACUCUUAUCCUGUGCACCAUUCUACCUUUCUCUGAGCUCAAAAAAGAAACAACUCCAUUGACGCUGCAGUUUUGGUGUUGUGUUUUCCAAAUUCAAACAUGUCAGUUUCGUGUUCUCCAGUGGUAUGGAGCAGAGAAGAAGAGAAAUCUUUUGAAAAUGCCAUUGCAAUGCACUGGAUAGAGGACUCCAAGGAUCAAUGGGAUAAGAUUUCCUUGAUGGUUCCGAGCAAAAACACUGAAGAGUUGAAACACCACUAUCAACUUCUUGUGGAAGAUGUAAAUGCAAUCGAAGCUGGACAUGUUCCAUUACCCAAUUAUAUUGGAGAGGAAACAUCCUCAUCAAUCAAGGAUCAUCAUCAAGGUAUGCGUCAUGGUACAUAUUCCAUCGGAGAAUCCCAUUGUGGGUUUUCAGGAUUAGGACACGAUUCCACCAGCACGGGUGUAGCUUGUAAAGCAGGAUCCAGGGCGGACCAAGAGCGCCGAAAAGGGAUCCCAUGGACAGAAGAAGAGCAUAGGUUAUUUUUGCUUGGCCUGGACAAGUUUGGGAAAGGGGAUUGGAGAAGCAUCUCAAGAAACUUUGUCGUUUCCAGAACCCCGACACAAGUUGCAAGCCAUGCCCAAAAGUACUUCAUUCGACUCAAUUCCAUGAACAGGGACAGAAGGAGAUCGAGUAUCCACGACAUUACUACUGUGAAUGGUGACGCGGCAUCCCAUCUGGCACCGGUUACAGGACAACAGACGAACCCCAUUCCGCUUAAUGUAGCGGCACUUUCUCCUGCAAUGAAGCAUAGGAACCAACCAAACAUGCAUGGUUUAGGCAUGUAUGGAGUCGGGCAUCCAAUUGGUGCCGCUCCUGGUCACAUUGAAUCUGCAGUUGGCACUCCGGUCAUGAUUACUCCAGGACAUCAUCAUCCCCCUUAUGUUGUUCCAAUGGCGUACCACAUGCCACCACCGCCACCCUCCAUGCACCAAUAACAAGUACCUACAUCAAUGCCCAUUAUUGGAAGCUGAACCUUUGAACCCUGCUUUUGAAGUCCGAUUGCGUAGUGGCCUCCACUGAUAAUGGCUUGUUGAAGUUGCUUCCUACACUGACAUUAGAUCGUGUUACCAGCACAAUUGUAAUAACAUUGUUACAACUCUGUACAUAAUAAUAGAUCAAAAAUUGACAGAACACUAUUCUUGGAACAUAAUAAUGCAGGGAUAAGUUUCAAUUUUCUGUUUUCGAAUUUGUAUGUCAGAAGCAGCAAAUAAGAAUGACAAUCUUUUUUUAUUA